UCGCCCUCUCUACGCGUCACCUUGUGUUUGGCGUUAACCGGAGCGGCUUCAUCAGUGAAGCAGAGGACCCCCCGGGACUCACUUCAGUCCGUCCGGACCGGGAGACGCGGACGUGGUCUACGGCGCGCGCGCGCGCGGGGGGGCUCGCGAGGAGGGCAAGUUGUAAAAUAGAUGAGAACUUCUAUACUUGGGUGGGUCCACCUGGUUCCCCCGCGGGGGGUGGCAGUCGAUGCCCGGCGCGGGUCGUCCUCAUCCGGAGCGACUUUGAGGCAAAACUCCGUGGAACAACUUUGACCGAAUCUGCGACUUUUGGCAAACCUUAAACUUUAGCAGGCAUCACCAGACACGUCGGGCUGAGCAAGUAGGAUGGCCGCAGACUACUUUUUAAGGGCGCUUUUUUGACUUUCGUGGGAAGAAGAAGGCAACAUCUUUUCUAAUUCGCGAUCCCCGCCCGUUUCCAGCCACGCGAUGGUUCAAGACUUCAACCUGUGCCACAGCGCGCUCCACAUCGACGCCAGCAUGAGCCCGCUGAUCAGCGCCAUCAUGUUCGCCGCGGGCUUCCUCGGCAACGUGGCCGCCCUGGUGAUCCUGGAAAUCCGCCGGCGCAGAGACAGGAGGACCGGCAACGCGUGGCGCCGUUCGCUGUUCCACGUCCUCAUCACGGCGCUGGUGGUCACCGACCUGGCGGGCACCUGCCUCAUCAGCCCGCUGGUGCAGAUGUCCUACUCGCUGAACAUGACCUUGGUGGGGAUGGCGCCCGAGUCUCACGGCGUCUGCUCGUACUUCGGCGUCAGCAUGACCUUCUUCAGCCUGGCCACCAUGUCGCUGCUCUUCUCCAUGGCGCUCGAGAGGUGCUUCGCCAUCGGGUACCCCUACCUGUACAGCCGGCACGUCACCAAGAAAUGCGCCUACGUCACGAUCCCCGUGGUGUUGCUGAUGUGCACGUUAUUCUGCCUCCUCCCCUUCGCCGGGUUCGGUAAAUACGUCCAAUACUGCCCCGGGACGUGGUGCUUCAUUGACAUGAACCCCCAGUUGCGGGGGGACCGGGUGUACGCCAACCUGUACGCCACGCUCAUGCUGGUGCUGGUGCUGGCCACAGUGGCGUGCAACGGCUUCGUGGUGUACCAGCUGUUCCGGAUGUUCCGGCGGCGGCGGAGGAGCGGCGGCUCGGUGACGGCGGCCGCCAGGUCCAACAGCGAGCGCAGGACGACGUCCAUGGCCGAGGAGGUGGAGCAUCUCAUCCUGCUCGUCUUCAUGACCAUCAUCUUCAUCAUCUGCACGCUGCCCCUGGUGAUCCGGGUUUACGUCAACUCCACGAUGAAGAACCUGGAGGAGUCCCACCUGGAGGACCUGAAGGCCCUGCGCUUCAUCUCCAUCAACUCCAUCAUCGACCCCUGGGUCUUCAUCCUCCUCUCCCCCGGCGUGCUGCGAUUCUGCUGGGCCUCGUUUUGCCGGAAGCCCCUGAAAACGUUCAGGGGCUCCAUUUUCAGGUCGUCCAUCAUCGCCAAAGAGCAUAUCCCCGGCAACCUCGAACUGUCCCGCCCGACGCUGGAGGACAACGAGCAUUUCCCCUCCGUGGAAACUCUAUGACCGUUGUUAUUUCACGCAUGCAUGAAUUUAUUGGAUGGCGCGGCGUUUCUUAUCCACCUUAUGAACGUGUUUCCAUCGGAUAACGGGCCCUCUCUGUCUAACGUACAAACAUUUGAACCCCUCCUUCAUCUUCAUAGUGUGAAAAGCUCGACGUCUCGCCUCCUUUGCUGCAUGUAUCUUUGUGCCAGUCAAUAAAAAAAUGAA